AUGGAAGUUGAAUACAGAACUUGCAUUCUGGUGGUGGAGAUGUAUUCGAGUGGUGGCGAUCUUCACUUAGAGUUACCGACGGGAGAGAAGGAGGGUCCUACAAAUCUAUGGGAAAUCGGACCACAUGAAACAAAAUCUGUGAUGCGGUUGAAUUUUAUGGGUCGAGAAGAGAACAACCAUACUGCGUUCAUUCGAAUACGGACGAAUAAAUCGCAGGAGAAUGAAUAUCUUAUUCUGCCGAUGGAGGUAGAGGUCACCAAAGUUCCUGGCAUCUACGCUCACGCUGGCCUGCUAGACUUUGGCACGCUGAGGACCCAUGAUCCGCCGGAGACCCUUCGACUCAACCUCAUCAAUUCUGGCCUCAAGUCUGUGCACGUCACUAAUAUAGAGAGCAGCCCACCGAAUCCCGCCAUACAGAUAGAGUUUCGACCGAUAAAGCUUAGCUCUGACAUAACACGCUUCACUACAGUUGCCUUCAUCACAUUCACCGCUUCAAAGGCCGUCAGUCCGAAACAGUGGUCGGGGAAGAUACAAGUGCGGACGAAGAAUAGUAACUACAAGCUGACCGUGCCAUAUUCGGCUAACGUCCUGCAUGGGUCGUUGAUACACGAACACAACAUAAUUAUAAUAGUGCUCAGCUUUGCGCCAGAUUCGAGCAUUGCACCGCAGCAGACGCGCUCACUGUUCAGCCUCGACUUUCAUCCGAACAGCACAGAGUUCAGCUUCAGUACGAACAUACGCCUGUACACAAAUGCGUCGGAUUUUCUCAUCCCACUCAUCUGCUAUAAUGGCAAGCUUAAGUUAAUUGCAGAAAUUCCCGAGGUUUGA